AUGGCUACAGCAAAGAUGUGAGUUUUAGUAUUGCUUUGGUCAAUCUUGUUCUUUUAGCGGCGGUCCUAUUGUUCAAUCGUGGGCUGAUGCUUCUGUUGCCGCGGAAAGUAAGUGUUUAGAAUUUUAUUGACGAAUUUUAGACUUCUUGAAAUGAUUUAGCAUAGUUUUAUUUAUACUGGAUAAUGGGACCCUCCUGUGUGAAAUGUUAUUUCUUUCAGGCCAACUUCGUACCGAAACCUCUGAAGUCGAAGAGAAUGGAAAGAGAUACAAGGCAAGUGUUUAUUUUUUUCAUUUUGUUAUGUUUGGGAAUGAUUUACUCUUGGUAUUAGGCAAUGUUCUGAUUUCCUUGCGUAUCUUCAGGUGGUAACCUCGUACAAGAUCGUAAACCGUAUAGUUCCUCGUGCUGUUGCCGAGCGCAAGAAAUGGAAGAAAUUCGGGAAUGCAGCCAAUGAUGGACCCGGCCCAAACAUCGCCACUACUUUCGCUUCCGAGACCAUUCCUCUUGUCUGGGUCUCCAAUCAAGCUGAGCAAGAGUUGGUGGACGACAAGAAGGAGGAGGGUCGUGGCAACGCCGGAGUCGCAGCACAUUGUCGUCUCUGUAAAUCGGAUGACCAUUGGUCUAGCAACUGUCCUCUUAAAGUGAGUGUUUUGGUCCAAGGUUUUAUCUUCUUGUUUUAGUCGUACUAUCAAAAGGAAGACGAGAAAUCUGACUCGCUCAGAACACCAGCAUCCGGCGGUGGGGCUUAUGUGCCACCAGGAGCUCGAGGAGGCGAUCGUGUCGGAGGUAAGUUAAAUUCCAUUUUGUUGUUCGCACAUCUUAGGUUGGAAGCCCAAAUCGUCUAAAAAAUGUAAUGAAUAUUACUUUAGUUGAACGUAGAAACGACGAGAACACGUGUCGUGUUACCAACCUGCCCGAAGAUAUGCCGAACCUGGAAGAACAACUCCGUGAUAUGUUUGGCGCUGCUGGUCGUAUCGAACGUUUCUAUUUGGCUCGAGACAAGGCCACCAACAGACUUCGUGGAUUCGCUUUUGUUACCUAUGAAAGUCGACAGAACACCCAACGCGCCAUCGAGAUGUUCAACAACGCUCGUUUCGGGCAUCUCAUUCUCAAAGUGGAAUGGACGAAACCUGCGAACAACUAA